AUUAUAUAAAGAGUGUAACUGUGAUUUGAGUGAGGUAGAUCCAUUUUCAAAAUCUCUCAUCGUGUCUCUCCAAUACAUCGGAUCGGACGGUGACAAAGCAAGAUGACGCUCGCCCUAAGUUAUGGGAUCAUCUUGUUGUUUCUCACUGGCUGUCACACAAAUGAUGUCUUCCUACAGAAACCUUCCGCUCUGCAGCUCCUGUCUCGAAUCCGCAGAGCAAACAACCUUGUAGAAGAGGUUAGACAAGGGAAUCUGGAGCGAGAGUGUGUGGAAGAAACAUGCUCAAAGGAAGAAGCCCGAGAGGUUUUUGAAGAUGAUUCCAAAACGGAAUCCUUCUGGCAACUCUACGCAGCCAAGCUGAGGUGUAAUUCAAUGAUCUGUCAAAAUAAUGGGACCUGUUGGAACACCACCAUAGGACCACAAUGUAAAUGUCUCAGAGGAUUCAAUGGAACCUUCUGUGAAACAGAUAUCAAUGAGUGUGACUUAACGCCCGCAUGCCCACCAGGAACAACUUGUGUAGACGGAAUCAACAAGUUCACCUGCAUUUGCCCAGCUGAAGGAUGCUAUGCAAAUUCAGAAUCAGACAGUCAUGAAGAGAUUGCUAUAGACUUAUAACUCUCGCUUUGGCUACGACUAAAUAUAGGGGGUGACAGCCCCUGGCCCAGCCAAACUUAAAAAAUCUCGUUUGGGUGGAUCCUGCACGAUGUGUCCCGUUACAAAUCAGCACCCCAAAAUAACAAACAAUACACAAUAUGCGAUUAAAUGAUUAAGCUUUAUAAUUCUUACUUUAACUAUAUGGUUAGUAAAGAAAACGAAAAAAAAAGAAAAAGGGCCCAAUCUUAUGAAACAGUCUAUUGCGCAAUGUUGGAGCUCACUGAUAAGCUAAUUGUCCACCAUCAAGCUCCUCCGAUCAUCACUGCCCUUCGGACCCUCGCUCCAAGUCCACCUCAUCCGGUGGUCUACCAACUCUCUCCAUUCACGUCUUCUCUCAUCUCUCCCUGGCAAAAAGACCACGAAAAUCUCUCUUCCAGACUUACAAGAAAGAACAACAGCAUUCCAAAUCCUGUUAUCUCUAGUCAUAACCUAAACAUUGCUGCUACAGAGAAACCAUUAUAUUAUCAGCAAAACCAUACAGCAUGUUACACAGCAGUGAAACCCUACAGCAUGUUACAAUUUUGAAGAAUAACAAAAAUUUACAACUAAAUGUGGUGAUGAGCUUGAUGAGCUGCAGAAUUUCGGCCUGCUGAGUUCCUCCAGCAUUUUGUUGUUGCUCCAGAUCCAAGCAACGGUCUCUUGUGUCUCCAAAAUCACACAUUGUCAAUGUCUACCAAUCUCUUCAAGUUUUGCCAUUAAAGUUUGGAUUCUAUGAAACCCAAUGAUCAGUAGUCAUUCGGUACACAAAUUAAAUCUUAUGCAAUUACUUUUAUAAACAGCUGUAAACCUUUACACUUUAAGCAACACACUGUACCUUCUGCAACAUAACAAGUAUCAAGGCUUCUUCUAUAAGAGUAAAAUACUGCAGAUGAAACCAUAUGAUAUAGGAAAAAAAUCGGGCCAUUCAGCCCAUUGAAUCUGCUCUAGCAUUCUAUCAAGGCUGAUUUAACAUCCCUCUCAACUCCAUCCUUGUGCUUUCUCUCUGUAAUCUUUGACAACUUAAUCAAGAACUUAUCAACCUCCGCUUUAAAUAUAGCCAAUGACUUGGCCUCUACUGUCGUUUGUGUCAGUGAUUCACCUCCCUCUGGCUAGAGAAAUUCCCCAUCUCUGCUAUAAGGAGGCAUUCUCUUCUGAGGCAGUGCACUCACAAUUUCAGGUCCAUUCACAAACCUGAAGGAAAAUGUAUGGUUUUGCCGCAGGUGUUGAUGUCGUGGCUCUCUGCGCCUGACCCCCACCUGCCUUACACCUGAUCCACCCUCCCUGAGUCUGAUCCCGCCACCCCGGUGCCUGACUCCCUCCCUUGCACCUAACACUCCUCCCCUGAGCUUGCCUUCCCUUGCACUUGAUCUGCUACCUGCGCCUGAACCCCCUCCUUGUGCCUGACCCCUCCCUGUGCCGCUCUCCCUCCCGCAGUCUCACUCACCUCUCCGCAUCAGACCAGGCGCGCUAGGCGGGGCCUCGGGUGGCGGAAGUCGCGCCCACUCCGGGCCUCUCCGCUGUGUCCCGCGCGGCCUGCUGUCUGCUGGAGCUGCGGCGCCGAGUGCUUGUUUCCACAAUGGAGGCUGCACAGAAGGAACAACUGAUCUUUGUGACACGGAAGUCUUUAAGGAUGAACCAAAAGAAGAAUUUUCCAGAAUCGAGGUGCUUGCAGCUCCUCGCUGAAGUUCUAGCGGUAGAUUGUGGAUUAAAGCCUGCUUUCUUGUUUGAUUACUGCUUGUCAAAUGCAGAACAGAUCCAGAGAUAUGUCCAGGAGCUGCAGAAAAUGGGGCUUCUCUCCGAAGACCUGCAUAUCCUCAGCAUACAAGACAAUAUCUUAAUAAUAAAUUUAGACAGAACUGUCAGACGCUUGGAAAGAGCUCUUCCAGAAAAUGGUGUUCGGAUCAUCGAUGUUUCUGUGCAUAAAGAUGACCCACAAUUAGCGGAGUUAUUGGUGUCAAAUCAAGUCAAAGCCCAGAUGGAUAUUAUUUGUAAACACUUAAGAUCCCUGGUAACUCAAACAGGGAGAAGUAAUUCAGGUUUUGUUACCACCAGUGAGAUUUGCUGUUCAGACUGGAACCUCUGUACAGUGUUUGGUUUCCUCCUUGGGUUCCCUGUUUCAUACUGGUUUGAUUUCAACAAAAGUUUUGAGAAUUGCUUAGGCAUGACUCAACUUCGGGCUUUCACCAUCUCUGCUUUUUGUCCCAGAAUCAGUAAAAACCUCAAACACCGAAUGUACUCAUUCAGUGUACCAGAAAGCCUUUACCCAGAUUUACACAGCACCGUAGAGAUGUGGCAUAGGGACCUGCAGUCAGACUUUAACCUGCAGCUCUCCUUCUCUGAUCUCUGCAUUUCCACCGAUGCAGUGUGUCUGCCUUGUAUUACGUUGUAAAUGUCAUGCACUGCAACACUUCGACACAAAAAAUACAGCGUCACAGAGCAUAGUAAGAGUAAGAGUUCGGCACGGACUGGAAGGGCCGAGAUGGCCUGUUUCUGUGCUGUAAUUGUUAUAUGUUUUAUGGUUAUAGUCAAAGGAAAUGAUUCAUAAAGAGAUAUUAAGCUUGAUGGGCAAAGGAAGGAAGAGGGACAGACUUGGGAAGUGAAUUCCUGAGCUUCGGAUCUAACACUAGGAUGCUAAUGAUGGAGUAAAUCAAGGAUUGGGUGGUGGUGUGGUGAUACAUCUUUACCAAAGGAGGUGUACGGUGUUCCUUCCCUCCGCUAGCCUGCAGUCAACCUUGGGCAAGGUUGAGCAUCUGCUUAGCCCCCCACUCAGGGACAUGGCAAGCCAUGGGAGCAGGUGGUGGAAGGUUAGGUGAGCAGCUGGUGCAUAUCACCAGUCCUGGUUAUGGGAUCAUUUACGCCAGGCAGAGAAUCUUGGAAGAGUAUUGAUAAUCGCUGGGGUUACUCCUCUUGUAAAGGCACUGCCCAGAGAAAGGCAAUGGAAAACCACUUCUGUGGAAAAAAUUGCCAAGAACAAUCAUGGUCAUGAAGACCAUAGUAGCCCAUGUCUUACGACAAGGCACAUAAUGAUGAUGAUGUAAUUAAGGAUAUAUUGAAGAGGUUUGGAGGGAGACACGAUAGCAUAGUGGCGAGCAUAACACUAGUACAGCGACCAGGGUUCACUUUCUGUCUCUGUCUGUAAGGAAUUUGUACAUUUGCUGCGUGACAACAUGGAUUUCCUCCAGGUGAUCUGGUUUCCUCCCACAUUCCAAAGACGUAUGGGUUAGUAGGUUAAUUGGUCACAUGGGUGUAAUUGGACAGUGGGUCAUUCCCGGUCGGAAGGAUCUCUUACCGUGCUAUACAUUUAAAUAAAAUAAAGGUUUAAGUUGAAAGAAUGUCAAGACAUUUACUGCCUGAAAGAGACUGUAGGCUUUAUUGCACCUCAUACUUCCAUCAUUACCAGUUCCAGCUUCCUCUUGGACAUUCACAAUUCCCAGCAGGUUUAUGGGAAGAUAUGAAGCUUCUUCAUCAUGGGCUAAAGGGCCUGUACUGUGUUGUACUCUUCUAUGUUCUUCAGGUGCUAUCGCAACAUCUAUUGCAUUGGCAAGCAAUGAUUUUAUCAAGGAUCAGCUUUAUUCACCAUGUACAUUUACAGUACAUGUGCUAAAGUCUGAAGCACAUAUUUAUAGUUAGGGUGCCCAAGACUUGCACGGUACUAGAUUUGUCAACGUGGAGUGGAGAGCAAGUCUGUAUAUCUGGCAGGAGCAAAGCAUGUUGGGAAUGGCAAGGGAGGGACAGAUGGCAGAGGAGUGCCAGGAGCGGGAGUUGGCACAGAUGCAGACACACCGGACCUGAGACGCCAGGCAAAGCAAUUUGAUUCCAAACAAUUGGUUUAUUAAUCAUUACAGAUUGUCUCGCUGGUGCUUUCCGCCCCCUCCCCUCUCCCUUCCCCUUUUCCCAACCACGAUUCCCCUCUCCCUGCCCCCUUCCCACUCUUCAGUCCACAAUUGAGACCCAUAUCAGAAUCAGGUUUAUCAUCACUCAUAUGCCGUGAGAUUUGUUUUUUUUUGCAGCAGUGGUACUGUGCAAUGCAUAAAAUUACUAUAGUAUUGUGCAAAACUCUUAGGCACAGAAAACAAAAACAUUUAACAAUUACAAAGAGUUAUAAAUAAUUAGUCUUAUUGUAACAUAGUAUUUUAAUGUGUGGGCACGUGGCCAAGUAGUUAAGGAGUUCGACUAGCGAUCUGAAGGUCGUGAGUUCAAGCCCCAGCCGAGGCAGCGUGUGUGUCCUUGAGCAAGGCACUUAAUCACACAUUGCUCUGCGACAACACUGGUGCCAAGCUGUAUGGGUCCUAAUGCCCUUCCCUUGGACAACAUUGGUGUCGUGGAGAGGGGAGAUUUGCAGCAUAGGCAACUGCCGGUCUUCCAUACAACCUUGCCCAGGCCUGCGCCCUGGAGAGUGAAGACUUUCCAGGUGCAGAUCCAUGGUCUCGCAAGACUAACGGAUGCCUUUAUUUUAAUGUAUUGCAUUGUACUGCUGCUGCAAAACAACAAAUUUCAUGACAUGUCAGUGAUAUUAGACUUGAUUUUGAUGCUGAAUUAUGUAAGAAAAAAGUAGAAGUGAAAGUACAGAUAUGAAAUAAAGUGUCCCUAAAACACUAUAAAUGGCAGCAUAUAUUUACAAUGUAAACAUCGUCAUAAAAACGGUUUUAAGUGUUUAUAGUACAGUGCAGUGACGGGGUAAUAGAUAUGGGGGGGGGGCGUGUGGGGGCUGCCUUAAUGGUUGAUGAGAUUAACUGCCUGGGGAAGAAGCUUUUAAGAUGGUGUGAAGUUUUUGUUUUAAUAGCCCUAUAGCACUUUGCCAAAGGGAGCUUUUGGGGAAAGGCAGUUUGCUGGGUGGGUGGUGUCCGCAGUGAUUGUGUGCUGGGUUAGGUGUAACUGUCCAUUGACAAACCAAAGGUAGCAGAGUAGUUCAAAUUCAAGAUUAAUUGUCAUUCAACCUUACACAUGAAUACAGCCAAACAAAACAAUGUUCCUCUGGGGCCGAGAUACAAAACACAGUCUUUCAUUGAAUCUAUUAUGGUUAUUAUUCUAUUAUGGAUUUAUUGAGUUUGCCUGCAAGAAAGUGAAUCUCUGGGUUGUAUAUGGUGACAUAUAUGUAUUUUGAUAAUAAAUUUACUUUGAAUUUUGAACUUUAUUUAUGGCAGCAGUUGGAAUUGGUGAAAAAUGUAAGAAUAGUUUGAGGAAGGUCUUACAGCUCAACCUUUUCAAUUUUCUUUCUUCAUCCCUCCUGGGCCGCACCUCUCCUUCAGAUGAGUGACAUCUUCUUCAUGAUCACUCACGGUGCCUUUGGAAAUGCAGAAUUAGGCUGUUUGGCCCAUCGAGUCUGCUCCGCCAUUUCAUCAUGGCUGAUUCAAUCUCCUGCCUUCUCCCUGUAUCCCUUUAUGCCCUGACCAAUCAAGAAUCUAUCAACCUCUGCCUGAAAUAUAGCGAAAGGCUUGGCUUCCGUAGCUGCUUGUGGCAAAGAACGCCACAGAUUCACCACUCAUGGCUGAAGAAAUUCCUCAUCUCCGUUCUGUAAGGACACCCCUCUAUUCUGAGACUGUGUCCUCUGGUCUUAGCCUCUCCCACCAUAGGAAAUAUCCCCUCUACAUCCACACUGUCAAGGCCUUUCACCAUUCAAUAGGUUUCAAUGAGGUCACCCCUCAUUCUUCUGAAUUCUAGUGAGUACAGGCCCAGAGCUAUUAAACACUCUUAUAUGACAGGCCGUUCAGACCUGGAAUCAGCACAGCCUUUCUCAGAUAAAGGGCCCAAAAGUGCUCACAAUACUCCAAGUGAGGUCUCACCAGUGCUUUAUAAAGUCUCAACAUUACACCUUUGCUUUUAUAUUCUAGUCCUCUUGAAAUAAAUGCUAACAUCACAUUUGCUUUCCUUACCACAGUUUCAACCUGCAAGUUAACUUUAGGGAAUCCUGCAAAGGACUCCCAAGUCCCUUUGUGCCUCAUUUUUUGUAGUUUCUCUCCACUUAGAAAAGAGUCAACCUUUUCAUUUCUUCUACCAAAGUGCAUGACCAUACACUUCCUGGCACUGUAUUUCAUCUGCCAUUUCUUUGCCCAUUCUCCUAAUCUGUUUGUCCUGCAGCCUUUCUACUUCCUAAAAACUACCUGCCCUCCACCUAUCUCUGUAUCAUCUGCAAACUUUGCAACAAAGCCAUCAAUUCCAUCAUCCAAAUCAUUGACAUAUAACGUAAAAAGAAUUGGCCCCAACACAGACCCUUGUGAAACACCACUAGUCCCAGCAGCCAACCAGAAAAGACUCCCUUCAUUCCCACUCUUUGCCUCCUGCUAAUCAGUCACUGCUUUAUCCACGCUAGAAUCUUUCCUGUAAUACCAUGGGCUCAUAGCUUGUUAAGCAGCCUCAUGCAUGGCACUUUGUCAGAGGCCUUCUGAAAAUUCAAUUACGCAAUGUCACCCAAUUCUUCUUUGUCUAUCCCGCUUGGUGUUUCUUCAAAGAAUUUCAACAGAUUUGUCAGGCAAGAUUUUCCCUUGAGGAAACCAUGCUGACUAUGGCCUAUUUUAUCAUUUGCCUCCUGAGACCGCAUCCUUAAUAAUCAACUCCAACAUCUUUCCAAACAUUGAGGCCAGAUUAACUGGCCUACAGUUUCCUUUCUUCUGCCUCUCUCUCUUCUUGAAGAGUGGAGUGAUGUUUGCAAUUUUCCAGUCUUCCAGAACCUUUCCAGAAUCUAGUGAUCCUGAAAGAUCAUUACUAAUGCCUCCACAAUCUCUUCAGACACCUCUUUCAGAACACUGGGGCGUACACAAUCUGGUCCACAUGACUUAUUUACCUUCAGACCUUUCAGUUUCCUAAGAAUCUUCUCUCUGGUAAUGGUAACUUCACACACUUCAUGACCCCUGACACCUGGAACUUCCACCACACUGCUAAUAUCUCCCACAGUGAAGACUGAUGCAAAAUACUUAUUCAGUUCGUCUACCAUUUCCUUGUCCCCAUUAGUACGUCUCCGAUAACCACUCUAUUAUACUUUAUGUAUCUGAAACUUUGGUAUCCUCUUUAAUAUUAUUGUCUAGCUUGCUUUUGUAUUCCACCUUUACCUUCUUAAUGACUUUUUAGUUGCUUUCUGUUGGUUUUUAAAUCUUCGCAAUCCUCUAACUUCCCACUAAUCUUUGCUCUAUUAUAUGCCCUCUCUUCAGCUUUUAUGCUGGCUUUGACUUGUUAGCCAUGGUUGUGUCAUCUUUCCUUUAGAAUACUUCUUGCUCUUUGGGAUGUAUAUAUCCUGUGCCUUCCGAAUUGCUUCCAGAAAUUCCAGCCAUUGCUGCUCUGCCGUCAUCCCUGCCAGUGUUCUUUUCCAACCAAUUGUGGCCACUCCUCUCUCAUGUCUCUGUAAUUCCCUUUACUCCACUGUAAUACUGUUACACCUGACUUCAGCUUCUCCAUCUCAGAUUUCAAGGUGAAUUCGAUGAUAUUAUAUGUCUACCCAUGGCCUCCUCUACUGUAAAGAUGAACCCACACUCAGGUUGGAGGAACAACACCUUAUAUUCCGUCUGGGUAGCCUCCA